UGGAAACAUUUUCUCGGACCAUCACGAGUUGAAGGUGAGUUCAGAUCAUCGCUGAUCAGCUGAUGCAGUCGGGACUUCAAAGUGUGCCAAUGCUGUGCACUGAAACAGGUGACCUCUCCGGAUCCACUGCACCCGGUUGAAGGCAGGCAGAAAUUGAAAUCAGAUCGUGGCCUAAGAUCACCUUGACUGUUAACUCAUCCACCCGACAUCAAGACUCCGAACUGACGGUCAGCUGACCAGAUGGUCGCACGAGACACGCCCACACCCUAUCACUCAGCGUCCUGUCAAUCCGACAAGCAAGCCGUGAGUUGGCAACCAAUGGAAAAGAGAACUCGCUCGUUGCUCCGCCCACUGGGGUCGGUAGUGUUGUGUUCAGCCCCGAGCGGAGACGACGCGUGGCGGGUGACCGCAUUCGUGGGUACGUGCGCACGCAUCCCGCUCGUCCACCGUCACACGCACGGUGUGCACACGAGUGCCGGCGCCUGGGUGGUGGUGGUGAUGAGGGUUGUUGUUGGUGGUGGUGGUGGUAGUAGUGGUGGCGGACCCCACCGUCCUACUUGUGUCGUCGAGCGGCCACCGCGGUCUACUUGAAUGAGUUUACAGACGACCCCUGCACCAUCGCCAGUUCUGUUCACUACACCUGAUUCACAGGUGGCCACCGCACACCUGUACUUCACAUCGGACGGGUGAACAAAUAAAUAGAAACCUACACAAGUUCCUUCCUGCGGUAUUUACCAGGAAAUUAUCGCCACCGUCAACUCGGACUUUUUUCUUGAAACAUCAAAUGGAAUUAAAACCGUAAGAAACAAGACCACCGGGAAAUUCGUGAGGGUAAGACCUGGCGAGUGUUAUCUCACUGACUCUCGAGGUAUUUCACCUGUGGAGGACGACCACCAGCAGAGAAGACGAGGCUAGCCUGAUCACCACAGGCUCCGGCGUGUAAUCUCCGGUGAUUCCACGGGUCGGGCAACGCUCAGCACACAACGCCGUGACCCCAGCAUAAACAUUUUCUUUUCUUUUUUUCUUUUUUUUUUUUUUGUUCACAGCGGCCGUUGGCUGUUACGAGGAUAUGAUUUACGACCCAUCAUAAGACAGGAAAGUGCAGGCGAGAAACACAUAUGCAUCUGGGCGCGUAGACUGAGGAGUUGUAAAAGAACCGGUUGCGGAGAGUGAAGUCGUUUCUGCCAGCCGGCACUAACACACUCGCAUGUCCUCGAGUUUGUCACCCAGUGGCCCUCGACGGCUGUCAACAGUCACUUCAUCCUGACUCCGAGAGAGAGAGGAGACUGCGACCUUUAGAAAAGUUUUGAGAUCAGAAUGAAGCGUACUUCGUCAUAGGCUGGAGUGGAGAAGGCGGGCGUGCUUUCUUCGCAAAGAGUGCGGUGGUACUCAUACUCGUGUAUUUUUUGAAAACCCAGAGGGUGUGUAAUGACACAGAAAGCUGUACCUAGUCAGAGAGUUGUGUAAGAGAGAGGAUUCGACAAGUUGGAGGACAUCAUGGAGGAUUAGAGAACCGGAAUAAGUUGUGCAGCGCACGACUCCUGGGUGCGACGGGAUUCGAUCAGCUGGAAGACACUCGGUGGAUGUUAAGGUUUGGACGCCAAGAGCUAUCGACCUUUUGUUGACUUCAUACCGUGUUGUUGUUUUUGUUUGAUAGGAUGCAGGGUGUAUGAUACCCUUUCAUGGAGCAAGCUGCUCUCUGAUACACAGGAUAAAACCUGUCUUCAAGGCAGCGCACAGGUAGAGAAAGGUGUGUUGGAAGGUUGUCAGGCCAUGGUUGUGCUGAUCUCCCCAGGGAUGAACUCAACGCGACCUCUUACAAGGAUGUGGUGGACAGUUCCCAUCCUGAACUCCUCACUCUACGGCCGGCAUCAGAGACCAGCGACUUCCACGUCAUCAACCACCACCACCAUCACCCCCAAUAUCAUCACCGCCACAACAGCAUCCCCCGCACCCGCCAAGAACGGACUCGGAAAUACCGACACCAUGAAGGUCUCGCAAAGAGGACAUCAGAAUCCAGCGACGACGAGCGCGCGAUGACUACGCGCCGCGUUGGCGAGGGUCUUGACUGUUCCCGCUGCUUCUGGACUCACCUGGAUGAGUGGAGUCCAAACUCCGUCAGCGUCAGUGCCCUGCUGUCUAGAAACAAGUCUGAAAGGAUGUCACGAAGCAACGGUGAAGUGCGAAGAAGCAGCAACGACUGUCUUUACAGUAACACAAACCCUUUGUUGUUGGUGGUGGUCAUAAUGUUAGUGGUGUUGCCUCUGCUGCUACUGUAUCUGACAGUCGGGAUGGAACCUUCCCGAAAGAAGACCUCGACAUGAGGGGGUAUUCCUUGAGCCAGAAGUUUUCGAUGUUCGGGGACGAGAAUUGCCGAGAUCGCUCACUGCGCAGGUCCCUGUCCUGCGAACAUUCCGGCCAACACACUUCGUGUAAAGUCUACUCACGACUUGACUCGUUCACUUCCAGCGGAAUACCUCGGGUGUACUCUGCAGGUGACCUGGAAUCCAGGUACGCAUCGCGAGAUCGCAACAGCUAUUUCAGUGAAAAUGGCUUCCAGGCCGGAAGUACACCUGUUCACAACUACGCACUGCCCAACACCCUUCUCGCCUCCAGACCAAAAGGGAUCUUCCCCGUAAAUAUCACGACGAGAACAGUUUGUCUAACGGGUACAGCAGCGGGUACGGAAGCGAUACUGGAGACAGAAACCGUCGUUACAGCGAUUGUACUCACAGCAGUCGGGCAGCCAACAAGGAACCGUCGUCGACCAACAUCCGAGCAACAUCUGCGGACAGAGUGUCCACCCGGCUCGCAAUGUCCGGCCCUUCGAGUACGGUCCGCGAGGGGCGAUGCUGGUCCGGAGACGCAGCAGCCAGACGCUGCAGACGGUGGUGGAGCACCUCACCCACGUCAUGGCGCCGGAUCCCCAGCGACCACGCUACAACAGCAACAGCGACAGCAACAGCGGCGCCAACACUCCCCGGUCGUUCGACAGCAGCAGCAGGCGCAGCAGCCUGACCUCCCGCAACAGCUACAGUGACAACUACAGUGUCGUUAACAGCAGCUACAGCGAGAAUUACCACAUAGUAAGCUGGGCCGAUCUGCAGGCGAGACUAGACUUGAGGUUACAGGGGAGAGUAGCGGAAACGAGGCUUUGCGAGGUCUCUAGUUCUUUGAAAAAUGACAACGACAACAGUAGGAAGAUCAGCAGAAGUAUCAGCAGCAGGCCCCUCCCUUCCCAGGUGUGGCCCCGGAGGUCCAGGAGUAAGUCACUGCCGGACCUGCAGGUGGACUUGUCGUCCGGAGGUAGCAGUAGGUCGGGGAACUCGGGGGGUGGCUAUAGUGACGAUGAGGAUGGCGAUGAUUUCGGCUUCCUCAGCCGCCGCCGCCCACCCUUCUCAUCCUUCUCUCCUUCCGCUGCAGCUAUGCACAAGCCCAAGGUGACGGCCGCGUCACCGACACAGCGCCUCCUACCCAGACGAUGGCGGGGCAAGGGCAAGUCAUCCACCUCCUCCUCACACCCAGCGCAAGCCAUGUGGACCCCGGAGGGCCCAUGCACCUGGUGCAGUGUGAGCGGACGAAAAGUGCUGCUGAAGCCAGUGAACAUCCUGCAGCUGUCGGAAGCAGAGCGCCUGACAUUACAGAAGAUUGCCCUGGCCAAGCUGCAGGCCAUGGACCUGGCCUGUCCCAUCGUCAUUCCCAAAGAUGCCGGCGAUUCACGACAGCACAAGAAACGAACCCUUUCCCUGAAGCGCCGGUCCAAGUCCGCCAACCUGUCCACUUUGCUGGACACACUUUCCACCGACAAGGCAAAGAUAAGGAAAACAAAGAUGGAAGAGGCCGGCCUCGUGUUUGGCAUUCCGCUCGCCCGUUGCAUCGCCAACGACCAGGAGCUGCUGAAGAGGAGAGCGAGAAGCGAGACGCCCGGCCUCCAGACUCGGAGCGAGAGCGCAGACCAGCUGUUGUCCCCCCGCCAGGCCAGGAAGUCCAGCAGCUCGUCGCAAGGCUCCCUGGACAAUGGCGUUCACAACGGAAGCAUCACACCCUCCGGCCGUCACUCUCUGUACGACUCGGCCAGGAGGGCGCAGAGUUCCGACUCGCUGUCGGAGUCCGAGUACAGUGGUCGCAAUGCCAGUUCCAGUCUCAUUGACGCCCUGUCACUGUCCAUGCCUAGCACAGAGGGUGAGAGGUCGCAGGCUGUGGGGUCAACACCACAAGUUCCGCUCAUUGUCGAAGCGUGCUUCAAGCAUCUGGAAACCUACGGUUUACACGUACUAGGAAUAUUUCGUGUUGGAUCAUCAAAAAAGCGGGUGAAACAGCUGAGGGAGGAGUUCGACUCUGGGCAGGACGUGCAGCUGACAGAAGAGCAUAAUCCACACGACAUCGGGGCUCUACUCAAAGAGUUCUUCAGGGACCUGCCUGAGCCUCUACUCACCCGUGAUCUCUACUUGCCCUUCGUCGCCACGCGCAAACUGGAAGACCGCGAGCAGCAGGCGGAGGCUGUUCGGUUGUUGCUGACGUUACUUCCGCCUGCAAACCGCGACACCUUGUGGGCCCUUCUUCGUUUUCUGGCGACCGUGCACCGACAUUCCGCAGACUCAACGGAUGGUAAAGGGCGGGAGGUGUCAGGUAACAAGAUGGACUCCCAUAACCUGGCCACAUUGUUCGGCCCCAACGUCCUACACCGCGCACGCGCAGUCAACGAGAAGCAGUUCAUGGCCGAGUGCGCAGAACAGGCGGAGCAGAGUGCAGAGGUCAUCAGUGUGGUCAAGGAUAUGAUUGACAACCACUACGACUUAUUCGAGAUCGCCGCCGAUCAGCGUGACGAGGUGUUGCGGCUGAUGAUGGAGGCGGAUCAGGAGAACCUCGACCGGGCCCUCCGAAGACUGGCUCAUGAAAACCAGAUCGAGCCGGACCCCGAGUCAACCUGCAGCGUAUUUGAGGACGCUGAAGUGCAACAGUCACUACCACACAGCGCCAACAGCGACGCCGACCUUCUGAGCCUGGCGCAGCGCCGGAGUGCGGUCCAUCGCCCAUUGCGAGUGUCGCGGAGCGCCGACCCCUGGACGGACCCUCCGCACCCCGAUGCUGAGCGCACCUCCAGCGUGGACAGCGUCCCCGAUCGCACGUCGCAGUCACCCAGUCCCCAGGGUUCCCCCACCACCUCGUCCCCGCCACGGACUCUGCCAGCCUGCCGGCCCGCCUCCGUCACCCGCCCACCCUUCGUGACUGUUUCGCAGGAAUCGCCCAACCCGGAAGUCGUUCAGAGGGUAACUUCCGGUCGGCGGAGGAAUCAGGACGUUGCGCAACCUGCUGGUGGUUUGAACGUGCGGGCUGGUGUUUCGGACAAGUGUUGCAACCCCGGCGGUAAUUGUGGCGGCCCCUUCUCCUGUUCGGGAGCGCCCCAUUCUGAGGUCUUCUCCGGGUCCCUGGUCAUCCCCAGGCCGCCGUACGUGCGCGAAAACAGUGGUUCCAGCACCGGCGGUAGCGGCUACCCGUCGUCUCCCGGCGACCAUUCCAGCCUGCUGGGUUCCGACUGUUCUGGAGGGCAGUGGGGGCAACCCUCGCCGUCGUAUCACGGGGCACCUCUCCGCAGGUCAUCCGGCGCUCGGCUUCCUCCGUUCCCUCGGGGCUGACGACGGCGGGCCAGCUUCCCCAGCGCAGACGGCGACCCCACGCCAGCUCGUCAGGAGCGAUGACGAUGAGCUGUUGAGCCCACCGGUGGGGUCGCCGGCCUGGCAGCGGGAGAGAUGGCGCCACUGGGAGGAACUGACCGCCGGCAGGAAUGGCGCCACCGAGGCGGAGCAGGAGACAUUGGUGUGACGGCGCAUGGGAGGUACCCUAGCGUGCUCGUCUCUCAGCCUGACAAAAGGCCCCCCACCUCGCUGGGCCACGGCGCCAGCUGGCCGGCUCGACGUCACGUGACCACGCCGUUGUCGUCGUCGAAGAAAGGUCGCCUGGGAAUGUGGUGUGUGGCGGAAGUACCUCGAGUUCUUCCCCCCUGCCUUCCUAUCGCGCCUGGGUGGGUCCUGGGAUUUUCACACACCGAAUAAUCCGAAAGACAAUUUUCUGGCGUCUUUGUUAGGCGACCCACAAACAGUUCUCAUGCAUGUUAUAAAUCUCAACUCGAUGGUAUGUUUGUUUGUGUGGGUUUUGUUUUCUAUCUUUCUUUCUUCUUCUUCAAAUGUGGAUUAUAGAGAAACUGGUAUCUCGCGUUCAGUAGAAACAAGAAAAACAAAUUGAUGCGAUCUUACCUGUUUACUGUUGCAUCCUUUCCUGUGGUUUCCCGAAAUUUCAUCGCUGUUUGGAACCAUUGAAUUAUUAGCUCAUCUGAUGACGUUGUUUGUUUAAAAACAAACCGAAAACGAACAACAUGAUAUUGUUUAUUUUUUUCAAGUGUUAACGAAUUUGUUUUCAAAUUUUAUCAUGAAAUGAACAAAUGUGUUCAGUAGAGAUGAUUCAACUUUGUUAUCUUCGAAGUCACGUGGUCGCCUGAACGACCAUAACGGUUGUAGUAGUCCGUGUGUACGCUUAACCCUUUAGUCUCUGCCCACUAUGGGUUGAUUAAAAAAAAAUCAGCGUGGAAUGGGUGAAGUCAAACCAUCUUGGAUGGCCCUAAAAAAACAUCCGCGGUGAGCUCAAAACGUCCUUCACCCUUUUCGCGCGUGAGACCUUGACCCACCCACAUGAACCACAUGACCUACCCACGCAUGCCCACAGCAGUGCAGGUAGGUGGGACCUAAUCAGUGCGUGACUCUCUUUGAUCAGAGCCGUGGGGUUGACCCUACCGCUUAUCAGGGAAUCGCAGGUCUGAAGCCUGAGUGCUAGUCGAGAGACGUCAGGCUUUCGAUCGGAGGUUUCGGGGUGUGGGGAGGAGGAGGAGGAAUAGGGACGGAGGAAAGGGAGGAGUGUGGAGGUUGCCAUGUGUACAGUCUUCCACUUUAUUACGUACGUCACUUAAAAGUAGUUUUACUGCGGCUUUCAGAUACUCAAAGUGCUACCUACCCCCAGUUUCCCUUAUCCCAACACCGUAGUCUUGUUUCUUAUUUGAGCAAAUCAGGUCUUGGCUGUUUGGCUUUAAAUAUCGGAGCUGUUGUAAAGUCGGUGGGGAUGACGUCAGCUUUAAUGUCGGUACGAGGACGUCACUUAGUGACUGCUCAACUUUGAGUGCCCUCGACAGCUAACUAACAGACACUGUAAAGUAUUGAAACCAUGUCUGGGCCACCAAGCACCAACAUGACUUACUUUCAACCUUGUCUUGCAAGCAGUGCUCCUGACACAGGGAAAAGCAAACAUAAUAUUUCAUCCAAAGCCAGCGAAUAAAGUUUCAUAUAUUUCUCGGUUUUUUUAAAAGAAAACUUAUUGAUCGAGCUCUCGUGUUUGCUUGAUAUUGGAAAAUAUUUUUUAGACAAGAGCUUUGAGAAGUUUGUGACCUCUUUCGUGUCAGAGUUUCGUCACCUGAACAUUUUCGACUUAACAUAUACAUUAAUUUUCCCCAUAUUUCGAAUCAAAUUCUUAAAGAAAUUUAUAACUGGCGAGCAAAAAAAAAAAAAAAUAAAAAAAUAAAUAAAUAAAGCACAAACAAAAAUGAAACUUGUUGCUGGAGUAGGUGUGAGAAAAAGCUCCUGUUGCUGCUUGAAGACACUGGGAGAUGCCAGACACACUGACGAAGUAUUUCUAGUCAUAUCGUACACGGUGCUUCUUCAUGGCGCUAAUCUGUGCUAUGAUGUGUAACAAAUAAUAUUUAAAAAAAGGUUAAAAUCAUAACACUUUUAUCUUCAGUCACUACUUUUACUUCUACCAGCUGAACCUACCUCAAAAGGAAAAUCAAGAAAAUUAAGCGAUAAUUAAACAAACUGUAAGUGUGUGCGUAGUGUGGCGAUUGCAAAGCACACACAAACAGGCUUAAAAAAAAAAAAAUAAAAUAAUAAUAAGUUGUUGAGAGAAAGAGCGAGCAAGAGAGAGAAAGAGUGAUUUCCUUUUAGCAAGGGAUUUUUAAAAAAAAAUGGAUAUAAAGUCUAAUAUAGUCCGGAAAACAAAUAACCAAAUUUUGCUUCGUUCGUAGAACAUUUUGUAGGGUGUGAUGUUAACAUGACUGUGCAUCUGUGGAGUUCAGCAAGUUCAGAGUCUAGUCCAUGUGUUCACUGUUCAGAAGCGGGUAUCUACCGGUGAGGUUCACGCAAGACACAGUGUACAUGUUAUAUUAUACAUGUUAGUUAGAUGUGAGAACCAGCAGGCGGUCUGCCGUGACUUGGUGAAGACACAGCACUGAAGGGGUUAAUGCGAAAUUAGAGACACUGUCGGAUACAUAAUAUAUUUUGUUCUUUAUUCGUGGUUUUAUACAAAAUAUUUAAUGUUUCUAAGGUCGGCUGAACGUUUUAAAGUGGCAUAUGUAUAUAGUAUAGUUAGUAAGUAUAGUUAAGUAUAGUUUUUUGGACUUUAAAAGACAUUUAAAGUCACCAGUCGUCCGUUUAUCUGGCUCUUGGUCCAUUGAUCUUUACCCAUUGCUUGACCUGGAGCAAAAGGUAUCAUGUUCGAGACCGGUUCGAUUUUGUAUCUAGGGAAAAAUAAAAAAAACCCGGAUGUAGAGGGUUAGACCCCGCAUUUUACAUGCAAUGUAUUUGACACGAUAAACCACCAUCCUCUCCCUCGCUAUUAUCUCGCAUCGUUAUGAUAAUAGACGAUUUUAUUUCAGUAUUGUUUAUGAUCCUUUCAGGAAAUUCAUGGUUUAUUUAUCAAAACUCACGUGAACAACAGAACUUAAUGGCUUAGUCAGCUUCGUUCGUGCACAGAAUGAGAUGAAAGUAUUGCUGUAUCCGGAUUUUGCAAAUGUACUUCCAUAUAUAGUAUUAUAGUGUAUCUGUGUAUAUCAAAGUCAUCGGUAGGUAUUGGUUCUACAUCUGGAACUAUAUAUACAUACAUUGUGAAACCUCCUGAGCAAGUUGUCUACAAGUGGUUGUGGCAAUUGUUUAAAAAUAGGUUUUGUUAAGAUACGUUUUUAUCAUUGCGAUUAUUGACAUAGCAUCUACUCAAAAAAUUUAGUGGCGGAAGCUGCUUUCAGUGCCUUGCUUGAAAUGUCACGUGUCGUUGUCAUGUGACGUGUUUACCAACAAAGAGCUGUACAGGCUGGACUAAAGCGAUGUCCGUGAUGACUAGAACAAAUUAUCUCCAUGUUUGUGUUCAAAAAGCUACUAGGAAUGAAUUUCGAUCCUGAUAUAGUGUCUUGAAACAAUGUAUGAAUUCUAAAGCUUCUUGUCAGUGUAGCAGCGGGGUCAACUACAUUUUCAAUGGCGACAGCUGGCCGGUUAUAGAAACAUGAUGCUCGUUGAUAUUUCCACUACGAAAUGGACCUUAACCGGUAGCCGCAAUCUCUGUGACAAGUGUUUAGCAAUGUACCCACUAUGUUCGCGUUUUGUACUGUUUUGGUGUACAGUAUUAUAUACAUGUAUACAGAAGGUGGAAGAGCUACGUAAAAAAAAAAAAAAAACUUGCUAUGCUCAAAUAUAACAUACACUGUUAUUCUU